GUCCCCCCCGUGUCCCCCGCAGCCCCGCCGGGAUGUCGCGGCCGCUGUCGGACCAGGAGCGGCGGAAGCAAAUCAGCAUCCGCGGGAUCGUGGGGGCCGAGAACGUGGCCGAGCUGAAACGGGGCUUCAAUCGCCACCUCCACUUCACCCUGGUCAAGGACCGCAACGUGGCUACCCCCCGUGACUACUACUUCGCCCUGGCCCACACCGUGCGGGACCACCUGGUGGGACGCUGGAUCCGCACCCAGCAGUACUACUACGAGAAGGACCCCAAGAGGAUUUACUACCUCUCCUUGGAGUUUUACAUGGGGCGGACGCUGCAGAACACCAUGAUUAACCUGGGGCUGCAAAACGCCUGCGACGAAGCCAUCUACCAGCUCGGGCUGGACAUGGAAGAGCUGGAGGAAAUCGAGGAGGAUGCCGGGCUCGGCAACGGUGGGCUCGGCAGGCUUGCUGGUGAGUGCGUCCCAAACAUGGUCUGGCUGGAGAGGCUUUAUGGCGCCUCUGUGGGUGCCUGUGCCCAGCGGAGUUGGGCAGUGGGGUGCCUGCAUGUCCCCCCCAUGUCCCCAUGUGCCACCACCCCACAGGUCGCCAUCCAGCUGAAUGACACACACCCCGCCAUGGCCAUCCCUGAGCUGAUGAGGAUUUUCGUGGAUAUCGAGAAGCUGCCAUGGAACAAGGCUUGGGACAUCACCAAGCGGACCUUCGCCUACACCAACCAUACGGUGCUCCCCGAAGCCCUGGAGCGCUGGCCGGUGGACCUGGUGGAGAAGCUGCUCCCCAGACACCUGCAGAUCAUCUACGAGAUCAACCAGCGACACCUGGAUCACAUCGCGUUCCUCUUCCCAAAUGACGUGGACCGGCUGCGGAGGAUGUCCCUGAUAGAGGAAGGAGGCACCAAGAGGAUCAACAUGGCCCAUCUCUGCAUCGUCGGCUCCCACGCUGUCAACGGCGUGGCGAAGAUCCACUCCGAAAUAGUCAAGACUCAAGUCUUCGAGGAUUUUGCAGCGCUGGAGCCGGAGAAGUUCCAGAACAAGACCAACGGCAUCACCCCGCGGCGCUGGCUCCUGCUCUGCAACCCGGGGCUGGCGGAGCUCAUCGCAGAGAAAAUAGGGGAGGACUAUGUGCGGGACCUGAGCCAGCUGACGAAGCUGCACAAGUUUGUGGAUGACGACCUCUUCAUCCGGGAGGUGGCCAAAGUGAAGCAGGUG